AUGGGCAGUUUCCAACACCCUCCUCCGGCCACCCUGAGCGUUUGGAGUUCGUCUCCAUCCUUGCCCACCAACUUUGGCCAACAAAGUCCUGUGAGUCUUCACCAAGGCAACAGCGGUGGGGUGGAGACUUUGCCGACGAUCAGUGAGGACACAGUUGAUUACAAUGAUGGGAUAAUCAGCCUCGAACGAAUCCUACAUGGAUCCGAUCAACGCACCACGAUCAUGACUCGGAACAUUCCGAGAUUUCUUAAUUGCAACCAAGUGAUCGAAGUCUUGAAUCGAACUAGUCGUGGAGCAUACGAUUUCUUGUUCGAAGGCCAUCGCGCCUCAAUUUCGGUUACGCAUUUGUCAACUUUGUGGAUCCUUUGCAUAUUAUUCGCGCCUGGCUGUCAAUCUGCGGAGGAGCCAGUGAAAUUCUGCCAUGCCGUGGUUCAAGGAAAGAAAGAUCUGGUGAACUCAUGCCACCAGAGCUCAGUUAUGACCCGACCUCCUGAGGAGCAACCCAAGGUGUUCUUUACUAGCGGUCGCUUUGCAGGAUCGCAGGCACCUUUUCCUCGCCCAGACGCCGCCAGGUCCCUGCGUGGCGCCCUCACCAGCACCACCCAGCAAGGCCAAGAUACGGUUGCGCCAGGACGACACACCCGGAACCGGUUGAACGUGCACCAGUCAUCUCAAAUGAUCCUUUCUCGCGCAUCUGAUCGUAUUCCCCGUUAUCCCGCUGCAGGAUCAUUGCCCCAGAGUAUCACAGCGGAUUUCUCCACAACCAGGGAGGGCAAUGCAACAAUGCGCCCGUCUGUGGGACGAUCUUUGCCUGGGCACACCCGUUUUGAUCCCCCAUUGGCUGGAGCGGAGCGCGAUCCGCUCCCCUCUACGGCCCAGUCAUUGUUCCAGAACGGUGCUUCUGCGUCCCAGACCGUUGCUCCUGCCUCCCCCUCAGGGGGGCUGGUCGCACUCGCACGCUUAGGCUACCGCUCUUGGGGACGACACAUUCGCUCUUGGGCCCAGAGACGCCGCGCCCAGCGGUCUUCUUCGACCGAAAAGGACACUCCGUCUACGCGGGAGGGCAAAUAG